AUAGUGUAGUCAGGAAAUUGCGUUUUAGGAGGCUGAUGGGGAAGCAAGAAACGGCUCAACUUCAAAAUCCACAGGCUGUUUUUGAGGGAACUGUCAUCCCUUUUUGUCACCAAUGGCUCACGUCCACUUAAAGGACAAGAUUGAGUUGGAGAAGAGUGUGAGGAGGUUUCGAGAGACCUUCCGAGGGAACGUCUCCUUGGAGUUGGCGGUGCUGCUGAUGAACAGGUACCGCAGUGAUUACCGACUGGUGGUGAAACACAUCAUCCUGAUGGCCACUGACCCGGACACUGAUGGUCUAGAUGCUGACGACAGGAGAGAGAUAGAGGCCAGCCCAAUUCUCCAGGAUGUCAUCGAGACGCUCCGAGCUGAAGAAAGGGAAGCGAAGGCGAAGAAAAUGAAGAUCAAGGAGGAUCCUGAUGUAAAGAAAUUGGUCUCGCAGUUGACACAGAUGAACCUGAAGCUGUUUAACCAGGCCAAUGCCAAGCAGAUACCGUGGGUGGAGAAACAGUUUGCGUGCCCACAGUGUGAUCAUUACUGGUGGAGGAGAGUGCCGGAUAGGAAACAGGUCUCCAGGUGUCGGAGGUGUAAGGUGAAGUACAACCCAGUACCGGUUGAUAAAAUGUGGGGCUACGCUGAAUUUCACUGCCAGCGCUGUGGCAACAUCUUUGGGGGCUUUGGACAGAUGGGCCUACCCGCUCCGUGCUACGUUUGUCAGAGUGGUGUGACGCCUCUGCGUAUCCUUCCACCGAAGAAGGGGAGUGGCCCUCGAAGCCGUAGACCCCACAGUUGUUACGCCGAGGACUGCUACAAUCGCAAAGAACCUCACAUCCCCGGGACACACUGUGUUCACCCUCGCAGCAGGCAACGGAGAGGCCUACCCAAGGUCCUGCAUCCCAGCAUGGAGCACCAAAGCACAGGUUCAACUGUCGUCACCUGUCUGAGCCAGGGCAGUCUCAUGGAGUGUCACGUGGAUGAUAUCAUCGAGGAGGACAUCCUGGAGGAGGAGGAGGAGGAGGAGGAGGAGUUGGAGGAGGAUACGACUGAGGAAGAUGAAGACUCGACGGAAAAGUCAGUCGACGGCAACAGCGCCAACGGAGACUGACCAGACCGUGAAGCCAUGCCAGACGUACGGCUGUCCGUCCAGCGCCUGUCUCACACCAGCUCCCAACCACUCAUCGUCCCGCUACUCAUGGCCCUGAGUAACGUUCAUUCCAAUGACCCGGCACAUCACCCACACCUCCCGUUAUGGUUAUGGUGAGUCUUGUGCUUGGGGGCGUGACCUGCACCUUGGAAUUUAAACCUCUACUUACUCUUGUCAAACGGCACCCGUUUUAGACGGGAGAACACAGAACAUCCGUGUUUCCGACCUACAGCGGAGAAAGGCAGGUUCGGGUUUUACUUGUAGGUCAGGAGGAGGUGUCUCAGGCUGAUCAGCAACGGGAGGCAUCACUGCCCUGAGCUCUUCCUUCCACCCCCCAGAUUCAUUUGAUUUGUCCCUGUGUGUUGGGGUGUGUGUGUGUGUGUGUGCGCACGCGCGCAUGUGUAUGUGUGUGUGUGUAUAUCUGUGUGUGGGUGUGGGUGUAUGUGAGUGUGGAUUUGUGGGGGUGGGUGUUUAUGUGUGGGUGGAUGUUUGUGGGUGUGUGCGUUUGUGGGUGUGUGUGUCUGUGUGUGUAUGUGUGUGGGGCGGUUGUGUGUGUGUAUCUGUGGGUGGGUGUGUCUGUAUGUAUGUGUGUGUGGGUGUGUGUAUAUCUGUGGAUGUGUGUGUCUGUGGGGGUGUGUGUGUAUCUGUAGGUGUGUGUGUGUGUCUGUGUGUACCUGUGUGUAUGUAUGUGUGUGGGAGUUUGUGUGUGUAUCUGUGGGUGGGUGUGUAUCUGUGUGUAUGUAUAUGUGUGUGGGUGUGUGUAUAUCUGUGGAUGUAUGUGUCGGAGUAUGUGUGCGUGUAUCUGUGGGUGUGUCUGCGUGUCUGUGUGUGUGGGUGUGUCUGUGUGUUUGUGUGUCUGUGUGUGUGUGUGGGUGUGUCUGUGUGUUUGUAUGUCUGUGUGUCUGUGUGUGCGUGUGUGGCUAACUUCAAGGCAAAAGCCAAAGUGAUCGCUCUGAAUAACUGAGCCAUCUUCGAUGACAGCUCAAGGUUGUAGCAUCCAGUAACAGCAGCAUGAAUGAGCGUGCACUGAUGUAUUUGAAACCUCCCUCUGGCUCUGUCUCUGGGUGUGCACUUGCUCCUUAGAGACCUGAGUCGCCAAAACAUUUACUUUAAUUCCCACUCAGAGACAAGUGAAGGAGCAGCUAUUGAAUAUUGCGUUUAUAAAGCACAAAAUGAGGCUAUUUUGCCCACUACUGCCUGUGCGAACUCUCUGAAAGAAUUCGCCCAUUCACUUGUUUCCCUUUGAAAAGAAACAAAGGGUUCUGGAAACAAAAACAGAAAUAGCUGGAGAAGCUCAGCAGACGCCUGGCAGCAUCCGUGGAGAGAGAAAAACCGAGUUAAUGUUUCGAGUCCCCAAUGUGUGUUUCCCACUGCCGUUUCUGCCGAGGGCUCUCCCAAACCUGCUUCAGAAACCAAUUUCUUCCUUGUGUUCUCAUUGUGCCCUGGAUAUUCCUCUGUCCACCCCCUAUCCCAUGCCAUGUCCUCCUCAAUCAUUACCCCUACCCCUAUAUUGGCACCUGAACCACACUCUAAUUUACCACACUCUCAAGAGUUUUUGCUUUCUAGCAUGCCCAUAUGUCUUACCAACAUUUAAGGCUGCUAUACCAUUAUUGUUCAAUUGAUUUCUUCUAGUCCAUCACUUUGACCACCAGACGUAACUUUUUCCCAGUUCAUUUUAUUUCAAGUUUUGAAUCUCUCUGCCUGGGUGAACAAUGCUGCAUCCUCAGAUUGCCCGUGUGCCAAUCUGACUUGCCCUUGUUGGGGUAGUUGUACUAGUGGGGUGGGCACACUAGAUCUAGGGAGGGUAAAAACUGUAACUGUAACAAGUGCUUCUAAUACCGGGCCUGAAAUGGUUAAACUAUCAUGAUCACUGAACUGGAAACUGCUGGCCUCCUAAUCUGAUCAGAGGCUAGCUGAUAGACAGCCUGUUAAUUGUACCUCUGGAAUUUGUAACUGGUAGACAUUGUUAAUUGGAUUAUUUGAGGUGUCAAUUGAACCAUCGAAACUACUCACUUAAAUGGUAAUGAACUAUUGUUUCUGGUAAACCACUAAUUAAAUAAGCGGGACCAGUGGCCCCACAAUGUCUACGGGACUGCCCGCUCCGAGGCAAACGGACAGACAGCUCAAACCAUCCAACCAGAGAGCGGAACGCUUUGCCCGGGAACGAGUAGCCAACAGGAAGGCCAGACGUGGACACCUGACCGGGAACACUGGCCAGCGAGGGGUAUAACUGGGGCGAAUUUGAGCAGAAGGGUUAGAACGCCUUCUCCAACGAAUUGCAUGCUGUAGAAUUCGUUGUACAGUUUGCCAGUUUUGAUUCUGUAAAAUAAACGGUGCUCUGCUCCAAACUAAAGAA